UACAAAGAAGUUACUAAAUUACGUCUAAAACUAGUUUGAAUAUUCGUACUUAGCAAAGCCAAUCGAUACUCAAUCCUUGUUUAUAGAUGCAUGCUAGUCAAUGCAUUACACGUUUUAGAAUUAUUCUAAAGACAAAUUUUCUAUUUUUGUUAACAAUUUUUUUUGUAUGAAUAAUAAAAAAGAAUUAAAAAUUAGAAAAAGAAAAAUAAUUCCUACUACACCAUUAUUUCCACACAUAAAAGGAAGUGGAAACCCCUAAAGUUUUCUCUUCAUCUUGGCCUUCUUCUACUUUUCACCAAUUAACCAAAAUGGAGGGUUUUCGUUUGUGUUUCAAAUGGUUUUUGUUAAUGCUGCUGCUAAGGUCACCGUCGUCGGUGAGGUUUGUAGGUGGAGAUGAUAAGAAAGACAAAGAGGAAUGCACACCGCAAUUGGCUGGGAUGGCCACAUGUCUGCCCUACGUGAGCGGUGAUGCAAAGACUCCGACGCCCGACUGUUGCAGUGGACUAAAGGAAGUGCUUAAGAACAACAAGAAGUGCUUAUGUGUUAUAGUUAAAGAUCGGAAUGACCCUGACUUAGGGCUUCAAAUAAAUGUCACAUUGGCCUUAGGCUUGCCUGAUAUUUGCCAUGCCACUGCCAAUGUCUCCAAUUGUCCAGCUCUAUUGAACUUGCCAUCAAAUUCAAGUGAGGCACAAGUGUUUUAUCAAUUGGGGAAAGGAAAAAGCUCCUCUGCUUUAGCACCUGCUCCCAUUAUAAGCCCUUCUUCUCCAGCUACCAUUAGUUCCACAGUUGGAGGGGGAAGUACUAAAAGUGGAGGUUACAAGAUAGGGAAGAAAUGGGUACCAUCGGAGAUUUUGGUUGUUGUUGUUGCUCUAUUGCUUUUGCUUUAGUUGGAUUAUAUUAUUCAUAUCAUGUGUACAAAAAGGCACACGAUUUCAGCAUAUUCAUGCUUUUAUAUAUCUAUCAUAUAUCUAAGUCGAUGUUCUAAUUCGACUUUGAGUAUUGAUAUAUGUUAUCUUAAUUUAAUUUUA